GAGAAGGGGGGUCCGGAUUGUAAGAUCGGGGCUAUGUAUUAUUAUAUGCAUGAUUUGAUUUGAUUUGGUCUUUCAAAUUCUCAUCUUAUACCCUAUACCCUUAUACAACACCUCUCUCUGCUAUUCCGUUCUUGCUUCUCUUAUUCUGGUUAUGCUCCUCUCCGCUAUUCCAGUAUCAGGUUCUGCUCUGGCUUCAUCAAUCUGCAUCAAUCACAUUCCCCCAUCCCCAACUCUUCUCUUUAUCCUCCCCUCCUGCUUAUUUCUAUUGAACUCCACCCUGUAUCUAAGUACCUGUACUUGUAUCUUUCCUUUCUUUUAUCUUCAUUUCCUUAUCAUUUCUUUCAUGCGUCAGUUCCGUUUGUUUAGCAUCUCGGUCAAAAGGAGGCAGGAGGCAGAAGUCACGCGGUAGAAACAAUAGACAUAGAUUUGUUUUUCUUUCCUUUAUUUUUUUUUCUUUCUAAAGUAGAACAGGCCAUAC